GGUCGCCUCUGUUCACAACUGAACACUGAUCUUCUUUCGCCAGUCGACAAGCCAAUUCCUACUCCCUGCAACAUAGAACAUCCAAAUGUUGAGAGCGAUUUCUCAGUUACGAUGCCAACAGUUCACCCUCAGAGCAGCGCACCUCUUCCUGCCGCACCCACCGUCCUGCUUCCGCUCGCUCUCAUUUUCGCCGCCGCUGCUGCAGAGGCGUCAAGAUGAGGAUCGACACGAUGAGUGCAGCAAAUUCCCAUCAAAUAUACUGGUAGUGCAGCCCCGAUUAAAGCCCGAUUCGGCUUUGAAACUCAAGCUUGAAGAAGCUCUCAAUCUUGCCAAUUCCCUUGAAGAACAACGAGAUGGGUCCUACGAAACCGAGUUCUCUGAGAAAUCGAUUCCCCCUCAUAUCGUUGUGCAGAACCCUGCCGCGAAACACCCUCGUGCUGAUACAUACUUUGGCGUUGGGACAGUAAACACAAUAAAGUGCCAUAUAAAUGCGUUGGACUCGGAGGGGGGAGUGGAUGCAGUUUUUGUUAAUGCAAUGCUUUCUGGAGUCCAGCAGAGGAAUUUGGCACGUGAAUGGGGUAAACCUGUUAUUGAUCGUGUAGGUCUUAUCAUAGAAAUAUUUAAUGCGCAUGCGCAGACAAAGGAAGCAAAGUUACAGGCUGAGUUAGCAGCACUGAUGUAUAAGAAGAGUCUACUUGUACGGUCACGUGGUCCCGGUGGGCGCUCUUCUUUCGGUGCAAUGGGAGAAGCAGAGGUUGUUAGUGCUAGAGGGAGAGGAAGUGGAGGACGUGGUUUUAUUAGUGGUUCUGGAGAGUCAGAAUUGCAACUCCAGCGGCGAAGAAUUUUAGAGCGUCGUAUGCAAUUGUUAUCUGAAAUAAAAGAGGUUCGGCGUACGAGAGCCUUGCAACGUGCAUCUCGGAAGCGACAUGGAGGAGGGUCAAAUGGCCACAGCAUUGCUACCGUUGCUGUUGUGGGUUAUACAAAUGCUGGCAAAUCUACGCUAGUGAGUGCCCUUACGGACAGCUAUCUCUAUAGUGAUGAUCGACUGUUUGCAACGGUUGACCCGAAGUUAAGCAGUGUUAUUCUGCCAUCAGGCAAGAAGGUUCUUUUAAGUGAUACAGUCGGAUUUAUAUCAGAUUUGCCUGUACAGCUAGUGGAAGCAUUUCAUGCAACAUUGGAAGAGGUUGUGGAAGCUGAUGUGCUUAUGCAUGUGCUAGAUUCAAGUGCACCAAAUUUGGAUGAACAACGGGAGACUGUGUUGCAAGUUCUUGAGCAGAUUGGUGUAUCUGAGGAGAAGCUUGAAAAUAUGAUCGAAGUUUGGAACAAGAUUGACAUUGAAGAAGGGAAACGCCAUUUUGUUGAAUGUGACAACGAAGAAGUUGAAGAGGAAGAAAAUGAUGAAAUUGAUGAUCAAGAUAUGGGUCCUGAAGGGGAACUAGAAGCUGAAAAAGGUGACCUCUCAGACACCUGGUUAGCCUCAGACGGUGAACAAGAUGACUUGUGGGUUGACUAUGACGACUCCACCAUUGGAUCUGGGGAUUCAAACGCCUCUUGGGCGGCACCCUCCCAGGGUUGGAUGAGGAGUAGAGAAAGAAAUUUACGGUCUCAACCCCUUAGUUCACAUGUCAAAACAUCAGCGAUUACUGGAGUUGGGUUGCAGGAGUUGCUCGAGGUGAUAGAUGAGAAGGUGAAUCGGGUGUCACAUGAUGCACCGGAAUCAACCAUCUUCGGACGCAAAUGGCGGCCCCUCCAGACAGAAGAUGCUGCUGAUGUGUCAAUUGGACGGUGAUCAUAUGAAUAAGUACUCCUUGGUAGCUUUAUCUUUCACCAUUCACUAACCAAACAAUGCAAUUUGAACUUGUUUGGUUUUAAAAGGGCGAAGUGGUUCAGCUAGUUGCCUAGUUGUUGCUGAAUUAGAUGGAUCAUUGAAUUAUAAAAAAAAAUCACUACGUAUAUUGGAAGUCCAUUUUAUUGAAAAAAUUAAAAGG